AGACGCAAUUGGCGUCCGGACCGCGGUCCGGGGGCUGCUGGGAAGAUGGCGGACUCGGUGGCCGGCCGAUGAGGAGGCCGCGGGGGGAGCCCGGCUCCCGGGCCCCGAGACCGACUGAGGGAGUGACCUGUGCGGGGCCUGGGGAGCCAUGUAGGGGUGGCGCCUACGGGACGGGCUGCGAGAGGGCGGUGGGAGUUGGUGUUGGUGACCGUGACCACGGUCCCCUGGCGUUGCCGGGCCCGGGUGGGUGUGGGGGCCCCUGACACCGCGGACUCCGCGCCAUUGCAAAGCUGCGCGCUCGGGCUCCACGGGCGCCCUGCGAGGUGGGCGCUGCGUUCUCGUUUCACGGGCGAGGAGGCUUGGGCAGAGAGACGAAGCCACUUGUCCAAGGUCAUGCAGCUGGUAAGUGGGAGCGCCCAGCAUGGAACCCAGGACCGCCCGGCUGCCGAGCCCGCGUUCCACCCUCCUUGCCGCUGCCGCCUCCUGCGGGAGGGGGAGGUGGUCGGGAGGGCGUAUCGACGGGGCAAGCUGGGCUCCAGGCUGGGCACGACCACUAACCCGAUUCGUGACCUCGGGCUUAACCCCUCUUCCUCUCUGGGCCUUGGUUUCUCCACCUGUGAAAUUGACGUAGUGCCAGCCCUGCCUACCACCGCAAAGGCGUGUGUGGGGCAUCAGAGGAGAUACGUAGUGCAUGUGGACUUGCUUUGUAAAUAUCACGGUGCUGAGUUACACUGAAGGUGCUGUUUCAAAGGAUGGAAGGAGGCCGAGGGGGCGGGGUGGGGAAGAAGACUAGAGCAGUCACAAGGAAGGGUGAACAUGAGUGGGUUGCUCUGAUCGCUGGGCCCUCUGAAUGGGGACUGAGGUCAGGAGUAGAUAGCCGGUUUUUCUCCCCUUUGGAGAAAACCUCACCCCGUUUUCUGGGCUGCCCCUCAGGGUCUCCAUCACCCAACUCCAUGCUUCGAGUCCUGCUCUCUGCCCAGGCCUCUGCUGCUCGGCUGUCUGGCCUGCUGCUGCUCCCACCAGUACAGCCCUGCUGUCUGGGGCCCAGCAAGUGGGGGGACCGGCCUCCUGGAGGAGGCCUCCAUGCAGGCCCUGUUCAGGGGCUACAGCGGCUUCUGGAACAGGCGAGGAGCCCUGGGGAGCUGCUGCGUUGGCUGGGCCAGAACCCCACCAAGGUGCGCGCCCAUCACUACCCUGUGGCACUUCGUCGUCUGGGCCAGCUCUUGGGGUCUCAGCCACGGCCCCCUCCCGUGGAGCAGGCCACACUACAGGACUUGAGUCAGCUCAUCAUCCGAAACUGCCCCUCCUUUGAUAUUGACACCAUCCACGUGUGUCUGCACCUUGCAGUCUUACUUGGCUUCCCGUCAGAUGGGCCCCUGAUGUGUGCCCUGGAGCAGGAGAGAAGGUUCCGCCUCCCUCCGAAGCCACCUCCCACUCUGCAACCUGGCCUGCGCGGUGGGCAAAGAUUGGAAGCUGCUCUGAGCUGCCCGCGUUUCCUGAGGCGUCCGCGGCAGCACCUCAUCCGCAGCCUGGCAGAGGCCAGGCCAGAGGAACUGACUCCCCACGUGAUGGUGCUCCUGGCCCAGCACCUGGCCCGGCACCGGUUGCGGGAGCCCCAGCUUCUGGAAUCCAUUGCCCACUUCCUGGUGGUCCAGGAAACCCAGCUCAGCAGCAAGGUGGUACAGAAGCUGGUCCUGCCCUUUGGGCGGCUGAACUACCUGCCCCUGGAACAGCAGUUUAUGCCCUGCCUUGAGAGGAUCCUGGCUCGGGAAGCAGGGGUGGCUCCCCUGGCUACUGUCAACAUCUUGAUGUCACUGUGCCAGCUGCGGUGUCUGCCCUCCAGAGCCCUGCACUUUGUCUUUUCCCCAAGUUUCAUCAACCACAUCAGUGGCACCCCUCAUGCCCUGAUUGUGCGGCGCUACCUCUCCCUGCUAGACACGGCCGUGGAGCUGGAGCUUCCAGGAUACCGGGGUCCCCGCCUUCCCCGAAGGCAGCAAGUGCCCAUCUUCCCCCAGCCACUCAUCACUGACCGUGCCCGCUGCAAGUACAGUCACAAGGAUAUAGUGGCGGAGGGGCUGCGCCAGCUGCUAGGGGAGGAGAAGUACCGACAGGACCUGACCGUACCUCCAGGCUACUGCACAGACUUCCUGCUGUGUGUGAGCAGCUCUGGUGCUGUGCUUCCCGUGAGGACCCAGGACCCCUUCCUACCCUACCCUCCCAGGUCCUGUCCCCAGGGCCAGGCUGCCUCUCAGCCCACUACCCACGACCCUGCCCAGAGGGUGGUGCUGAUGCUGCGAGAACGCUGGCAUUUCUGCCGGGACGGCCAAGUGCUGCUGGGCUCACGGGCCCUACGGGAGCGGCACCUGGGCCUGCUGGGCUACCAGCUCCUGCCGCUACCCUUCGAAGAACUGGAGUCACAGAGAGGCCUGCCCCAGCUCAAGAGCUACCUGAGGCAGAAGCUCCAGGCCUUGGGCCUCCGCUGGGGGCCUGAAGGGGGGUGAGGGGGGUACACUUGGGGCUCAGGAUGACCCUCCGAUGGGGGGGUGGACGAUUUGCACUUUGGCUCUCUAUAUUUUGGUUUCUCAUUAAAGUCCCUUUCCU